AGGGCCGCAUUAAAAGGUGACUGGGCAGCUGCUGAAGGUUUGUUAGGACGAGAUCGAUCACUGUUGCGUGGCAAGAUCGCAAAGAAUGGCGAAACUGUUCUUCAUAUUGCAGCAGGAGCAAAACAAAUUGGAUUUGUAGAGAAGUUGCUACGAUGGAUAGAACCUCAAGACCUUACUCUGACAGACAGAAAUGGAAACUCGGCCUUUUGUUUUGCAGUGGCAGCUGGAGCUAUCGAAAUUGCUGCAAAUAUGUUGAGAAGGAAUGAAGAACUGUUGAAAACUCGAGGGGGGCAAGAUAUGACUCCAAUCUAUCUAGCUGCGAUAUUUGGUGACAGGCGCAUGGCAUUAUAUUUAUAUGGGAAAGUUAAAACCAUGGAAGUUAAUUUGCGCGACGAGGACAAAGCUUCUCUUUUUUUUGCUUGUUUGUAUACAGCAUUAUACGAUGUCGCAAUGGACUUGCUAAAGGAUCUUCCAGCUUUAGCUAUGUUUUGUGACGGAAAUAAAGACACGGCCUUGCAUAUUUUGGCACGACAGCCUUCGUCAUUUGCUGGCAGCGAAGGACUAUUGAAGAGGCUAAUCAGCUCAUGCCCAGGAGUGAAGAAUAAUAACAAAACGGAGUCGGCAUCAACUAAAGCUCUUGAAUUAGUACGAUGUCUUUUGCAUUCACCUUUUUCUGAUGAAAAGUUAUUAUCAAAAAAAGGUGAAUUGGAGGACCCAAACCUAAACUUCAUGUUCGAUGCAGCUAAAUUGGGAAACUUCGAGUUCUUGAACAUGUUCAUUAGCCGUUAUCCACAUUUGGUUGACAAACUUGAUGAAAAUAGCUAUAGCAUAUUUCACAUUGCGAUUAUACACCGUCAUGCUGAUAUAUUCAAUCUAAUAUUUGGGAUAGUAGACUUGAACAGAGAGGUAAUGACCACCUUAGUAGACGAAGAUAAGAACAAUAUAUUGCAUUUAGCUGCGAAACUUCCACAUUCAAGUCGACUCAGUAUCGUAUCAGGUGCAGCUCUACAAAUGCAACGAGAGUUAUUAUGGUUUAAGGAGAUUGAGAAGGUAGUGAAACCUUCUCAUAGAAAAAAUAAAAAUUCAAGCGGCAAAACACCUCAAGAAUUGUUUACGGAGGAGCAUAAAGGGUUGUUGAGAGAUGGAGAAUCGUGGAUGAAGAAGACAGCUAGCUCAUGUAUGCUUGUUGCAACAAUCGUCACCUCUGUAAUUUUUGCAGCGGCAUUUAGUGUACCUGGUGGCUAUGAGGACAAGACAGGAAUACCUAAUCUUCUGAAAGAUAAUUUAUUUCAGGUUUUUUCCAUAUCAAAUGCAAUAGCAUUGUCCUCCUCUAUCAUCUCAGUGUUGAUGUUUUUGUCGAUCCUUACCUCGCGUUAUACAGAAGGCGAUUUUCUUAGGUCAUUACCACUUAAAUUGAUUGGUGGACUCUUAUCUCUCUAUGUCGCCUUAGUAACCAUGAUGAUAGCUUUCAUCAUAUCCUUCUUGCUAGCUUAUCAUGACAGAUUAAAUUUGGCCACCAUAACCACUAUACUAAUGUCUGUGGCAGCCACUCUAUUUGUUCAGUUACAAUAUCCCCUUUUGAGAGACACAUUUUGUUCAACAUACAAUUCGAGGUUUCUGUUCAAGUCAAGUACUGCUAUGCUUUAAUUAGCCAGAAUAAUAGAAGUUAGUGGUAUUGUAGCAUCUAAAUUGAUGUUAAAUAAGCUUUUCAAUUAAAUUAUGUACUUCAGUCUUCAAUGACUA